AUGCCAAAACACACACCCCGUCUUCCAGGUCAACCUCUUCAAGAACGUCCAUGGGCAGAACCACAUAUUCCGGAAAUGCUAAGUAGAACAUUAUUCCGUGAACCAACUCUAGCUCGUAGACAACGACAGGCUCAGGUACAAGCACAGGCACAGGCACAGGCGCAAAGACCACAAACCCAAGUCCAAUCUCAAGGUAACAUCGAAGGUAACACUCAACACCCAUCUCUAGAAAUAAUCCUCGAACCCGCAACUCCCUCCUCCGAACUCCAACCUAUGGCCCACUGGUACUUCCACGACCAAGCCGCAAACCAUUAUCCGGAAAAACAUGUUUCGAUUAGUACGUCUUCGGCUUAUACUACGUUGCAGCUUUCGCCUCGUGCGACGGAGGUUUUUGCUGGAGAGGAGCAGGGAUUGGGAAUGGGAAAGGGUGUUUGGGGAGCGGGGAGGAGUGUGAUGGGGAGCGGGGAGGAGUGUGAGGAGGAGUGUUAA